AUGGACAAUGUAGCAUCUUUAAGCCUGAAGAAGAGAUUUUCCUUAGCAGUGGAUAGCAUCGCUUCUGAUAACACCGAGUCACACAUCUACAUACAAAUGUAUGAUCAGCUCUCAGAAGAGAAGACAAGACUUCGGGAAAUAGAUUUCUCCGUUGUUUCCUUAUACAGAUUCUGGCGCCAUCCUGAGGAAAUUCGGAAAAUGUCAAGCAACAGUAAUGAGCAAAUAUCAGGAACAAGUAAUGAUAGUCCUCUGUUUCGCAAUUGCACUCUCCUUUGUCUCCUGAUUGGCCUUGGUUUCUUCUUGCUGAAUAUUUUCUGUCUGGCUAUUGUAUAUGUGAAAUUAAAUCGAAGAAUAGGUGCCCAUAAAUGCCAAUCCAGUGUGAAGGAAACUAUACCCAGCCACAGCUCUAACACAUGUGAACUGGUUAGAGUGGAAACACCCAUCAUGACUAUUGUUACAAAUGAGGGUGAUAGUGAUACUUCCUCUGAAACCUCAGAAAGCACAGCACAGUCAUCGUCACCCAUCCAGAAGAAUCCUGUUGCCAAGGAUAUAACUUACACCACCAUCCAAUUCAAUGCAAAAAGGUUAUCGGCAGAUUACGAGAAUCUCUGUGGGGCAUCCGAUUAUGUUAAUGUAACAUCCAAGGUAAAGAAAGAGGCUUCCAGGAGACCAAUUAAAGGGGAAACUGUGGAUUAUACUGACAUCAUUCCCAAUGCUAUUUCCAAAACCAAUAAUUGUUUCAGCCCAUAGAUUCCCAAAACUUUUCAUAUUUUUUAAAAGAAAUAAAAAAAAAUUCCAAUAGAGCUCAAAAACAGUGAACCUUAAAUUGUUCAGAGAAAAUACAGAUGUAAAGCUGUUUCUUAGCCAUGGUGUCUUUUAAAUGGAUUCUGUCACUGAAAACAUGUUUUGUUUUGUUUUUUGUAAAAUGCAUCAUUUAAUUGUGCUACUUUAGAAAAA